AUGUGGCCCACGAGCCGUCCCCUUCUCCCCGAUGGCCCUUCAACUGUCCCAGAGAGUAAAGUUGCAGGGGCAGACCCAGCAAACUCUCUCAAUACAGCAUUAGAGAAUUUCCAGAAUAUUUUGACCGACGAGCAAAAGCAGAACUUCCAACAAAACGCCACAACCCCAGAUGUUGGGAGCGUCAUUGAGUUUGUCGCACAAAUUGAUGCUAAAAACAGUAGCACGACCAGGAGAUGUGUGGCUCCCAGGCUGUGUACCUUUUUAGAGGCAACACAGCAGUUCGUCGGUAUUGUGGACACAUUCAUCAGCUGUAAUCCGGCAAUCGCUGCCCUCGUCUGGGGUGGUGUAAAAACUGCCAUAUUGACGGCUAGUAAUGUCGCGUCUUACUUUGACAGAGUCACUAGCAUGAUCAUGGGCAUCGGCAAAUCCUGUCCGACAUAUCAACAAUUUGGCCUACUCUAUCCCGGCUGCAUUAGUCUCCAACUUUCCCGUCGGACCGGCCUCAAGCAAACUCUUUCGUCAAUCCUGAUCCCAUUUGAUUCUGAAUUUAAACUGUUGCUGGAUCAGAUUCAGGAAACUACAAAUGAGAUACAAUUACAGGUAUCUCUCGCAUCAAAGCAAGCAGACCAAGAAGCAAAAAAGCUGCUCCAGUAUGAAAGCGAACAGAAUUCAAAGUUUCGGCCUUCGGCCCUGAAUUUCUUUCAAAAAUCAUUGAAACAACAAGCCGAGGCAAACCAAUUGCGAAUAGAUAGGAGAUUAAGGGAAACAGCGACACUGAAGACGAGCAUUCGAAUCAACCUUUCUCCCGUCAACCAUGUUUCUCCUUGGAGACAGGCCCUGAGCCAAAGGAUUUCAACCACAGCUGAGUGGCUUCAGAAAGAAUUCAUCUUUUCAAAAUGGAAAGACGAUCCACAAACAUCGGUACUAUGGUGUUCAGGAACAAUUGGCAUGGGCAAAACAGUGCUCAUGUCUAAUAUUGUAGCUCAGCUGCAUGCGGUGCGCAAGAGCAACGAGGUCCUAUCCUACUAUUUCUGUCGUGUCGACGAUGAAGCAUCUUUGUCUGCGAGGAACAUCCUUGGAAGUCUUGCUCGUCAAAUAAUCGACAUUCAAAUCGAUCAAAGCAGAUAUGAAACUCUACUUGCCUUAGAGGAGAGCAGCCGGGACCUCAGUACGAAUGACGUCAUUUCGUUCUUAUUACCUCGUCUAGAGACCGAUAAGAAGUACUAUUUUAUCCUCGAUGGUCUGGAUGAAUGUGAGGACCAUCAGAUCCAGGCGGUGGCACACGCUUUGACUGAGCUCUGCAGCAGCUGUCUUGAAGGGGUCAAAAUCCUCUGCGCAGGCCGGCCUGGCCUUGAAAGGCAAUUGUUCAAAUUUAGCGGACCGCACUAUAAAGUCACUGUGAAUAAGGAGAAGGUUGAGUCGGACAUGGAUUGCUAUAUCACCACAACCUUGAACAAUUGCCUGGAAAAGGAAGUUUUGACUCUCCGGGACCCGGCACACAUUACAGAGAUAUCAUCUGCCCUACGGGACAGGAGCGACGGAAUGUUUCUUUGGGUUGGUCUCUGCAUCGAAGAACUUUGCGUACAGAAUUGCGAUGACGACAUCUUGGAAGCACUGAAAAAUCUUCCAUACGGCUUAUCUGAGCUCUAUGAUCGAAAACUUCGUCGUGUCCGGGAAGGACGGGCGACCAGGCAGGCAAUGAAAGUACUGGAGUAUUGCGGGAUAGUGAAGCGGCCCUUGACAGUUAUGGAAUAUCGAGAAGCCCUCAGCCUUUCGCUAGAGCAAAAGGCUUUUGAUCACGGGAAGAUGCCCAACGAUAUGCAUAAGAUUAUCAACAGUUGCUGUGGAUUGACAUUUGUCGACGAAGAGGAAGAUACUGUGCACUAUGUGCAUCACAGUGUGAAGCAGCAUCUUUUUAUCACCAACGAUCUACGCCAAGCGCAAUUUGACAUAGCAAGUCUUGACCAGCAUUUUGGGUUGCUUUGCAUGACGUAUCUGGAUUUCAGCAACUUCAAGCGUCAGCUAAGCAAACUGAAGGAAGGUUCCGUUACUCUUGACAACCCUAUUCAUUAUGGCACUCUCCCCAUCUACUUGUCAAGCGGAGUGAGCAGUAAGUUGGCUCAGAGGAUUCUUUUUCAACAUCGCAAGCUACCCAAACUCAGUACUCGAGAGAUAGAGAGAACGGUGCGAGAGAUAAUUGGAGAUGAGGAGUCUUCACGGAUGAAGUUUGAACUCCAGGAGCAAGGGUUUCAGUUUCUAAAUUAUGCUAAGAACUACUGGCUCUAUCAUCUAACUGAUUUCAGCGAGGAUGUGAACAGUGAGAAAUGGCGAUUGUUUUGCCGAUGUGUGGAAGAUAAUGACGUUGCUGCAUGCAGACCGUGGGAGCCUGAGCAACAGACCCACGGCAAGAGAGAUAUUAUACCAGACGCGAUUCAAUGGCUAUUAGCCAGGGGACAUUACGCAUUGCUUUUAUACUUCGGAAAACAUCAAUCACACAUUUUGUGUAACAAAGUGAAGCAUGAAAUUCUUCGCCGCUGCGACAUUCACAAUCGUUAUCGCUACACGGAGGUACUUAUGCAGCUUGAAAAUACCUGCGACAUCUUGGAUCAUGGAUUGUGGUAUGCUGCGGCAGAUGGAUGCAAUCUUUCCUUGUCAAUGUUGCUGAAAGCAGGGGCCGACGUUGAGGCUAAAUUUAACGGCCGAACAGCCCUUCAAGCAGCAGCACAAGGCGGUCACCUCGAGGUCUUACAGGUACUGCUAGCAGCUAAAGCAAAUAUCAACGCAGCUCCUGCUAUCAAUGGAGGCCGAACAGCCCUUCAAGCAGCAGCGGAGGGCGGUCACCUUGAAGUCAUACAGGUACUACUAGGAGCAAAAGCGGAUGUCAACGCUGCUCCUGCCAGCACAGCGGAGGGCGGUCAUCUUGAAGUCAUACAGGAACUGCUAGCAGCUAAAGCGGAUGUCAACGCUGCUCCUGCCAGCAAUGAUGGCCGAACAGCCCUUCAAGCAGCAGCACAAGGCGGUCACCUCGAGAUUGUGCAGGUACUACUAGCAGCUAAAGCGGAUGUCAACGCAGCUCCUAGCGAUGAUAGCCGAACAGCCCUUCAAGCAGCAGCACAGGGCGGUCACCUCGAGGUCGUGCAGACACUACUAGCAGCUAAAGCAAAUAUCAACGCUGCUCCUGCCAGCAGUGAUAGCCCAACAGCCCUUCAAGCAGCAGCACAGGGCGGUCACCUCAAGGUCGUGCAGGCACUACUAGCAGCUAAAGCAAAUAUCAACGCUGCUCCUAGUAGCUAUCCUCUGCCAUAA